AUGCUCACAGACAUUGUCCCGGGAGACAAGAACUGGUGGGCCUUCUACACGGCACAGUCCAUGACGGAUAACCUUGGCUUCACCCUCACACCAGACAACAUGGCCCCCUUCCGCGACGCCGUCUGGCCGCUGCUGCUCAUGAGCUUCCUCGGCUUCGCGGGCGAGACGCUCUACCCGGUCUUCCUGCGCCUCAUCUUCUGGACCACGUCAAAGCUGGCGCCGCGCGACUCCCCGAUGCGAGAGUCGUGUGCCUUUCUGCUCAACCACCCGCGUCGCUGCUACACGCUCCUCUUCCCCGGCGGCACAACCUGGGCGCUUUUCGGCAUCAUCUUUGCGCUUAGCUUUGUCGACACGCUGCUCAUUGUCGUCCUGGACUGGCAUAACCCCGAGGUCGCGAGCCUCUCCGUCGGGAAGCGCGUCGUCGCGGCUCUCUUCCAGGCGGUGGCGUCUCGUCACGCCGGCAUGACGCCUUAUACGUUGUCCAAAGUGCACCCUGCCGUGCAGUUCAGCUUGCUGGUCAUGAUGUACAUAUCCAUCUACCCCGUUGCCCUGAGCGUUCGGACGUCGAACACAUACGAAGAGAGGUCCGUCAGCCUAUACGCAUCAGAGGCCCAAUAUGAUGAGAAGAAGGGAUUCUCCUACCUGCUGCGGCACAUGCAACAGCAGCUCAGCUUUGACUUGUGGUACAUCUUUCUCGGGAUCUUCCUUCUGGCGGUGUCGGAGUCAUCCAAGAUUCAAGAUCGAAACGAACCGUCGUUUGAAAUCUUCCCCAUCUUCUUCGAGGUUGUCUCGGCGUAUGCCAACGUGGGUAUAAGCCUUGGCCAUCCCAGCACCACAGCGUCGCUCAGCGCAAAGUUUUCCGUGGUUGGGAAGCUCAUCAUCUGCGCCAUGAUGAUCCGCGGCCGCCACCGCGCCCUGCCGUCUAAGCUCGACCGCGCCGUCAUGUUGCCGGACGAGUAUCUCUUGGAAAAUCCGGAGGAAGAACCCUUAUGA